CAGCCUGUCUGCUGUUCUGUCUGUGUGUUGUUUUGUGUGCAUGUAGGGGGUGAGUGGAAGAGAAGGAACGUGUGCUCAGGUCCUUUUAACAAAGAACCUGGACACUGUGUGUGUGCGCGAGACUGCAUGUUGUAAUGUUAGAUACUACCUUUCAUCAUUUGCACUUAUGAAAAAGAGGUUUUUAUUUUUCUUUAUCCGAAAGUAGCCAUUCUCUUGAGCCAAAGCUGAAGCAGGCACGGUGUGGCUUUGUUGUUUUGACUUUUCUGCCUGUUUUCAUGUCAAUUAGUUAGCUAGUUUUAGUUUAUUAUAGUUGAGAGAAGAUGUCCACAGACUGCCAGAAGACCACUGCCAAGGCCAUCCCGUCGACCAGGAGGGUGACUGUCAACGACGCGGAGCACAUGCCCCAUGACUACUCCACUACUCCCGGAGGGACCCUGUUCAGCACGACCCCGGGUGGUACCAGGAUCAUCUAUGACCGAAAGUUCCUUCUGGAGUGUCGCAGCUCCCCGGUGGCCAAGACUCCUCCGCGAGGUCUGCCUAAAAUUCCAGGGGUGACCAGUCCUCCCUCCAAAGACGCCAGUGAGAAAGCCCAUAACGGAGAACUACUGAACAACAACACCACUGCAUCCGACAGCAACAACACUGGUGAUGACGCGCAGUUUGAGAUGGACAUCUAGGUGGCGCUGAGUAUUAAGACGUCAGGCUCACCAACAUGACGCUGUGAAGAAAGGUUCAGGAGCACCUUCUCUUUUCCCAUCAUCCAUUCCAUGAAGUCGGAGGUUCGCCUUUAUCAUCCACAGUGUCUUAGUGUCCUUGGGUCUGUCUCUGUCAAUCUCGUUUGCUUGUUUUGCUCAGAACAAAUCUGUAAUGAAGCCUUUUCUGUCUGUCUCAAGGCUUGAAACCUGAUUUAUGUGUGACAAAGUGUGCCUUCCUGUAGUGGCUACGAGUUUGAAACCAACACUGGGAAGUACUCAGCACCAACAAAGCCUCAUUCCUCACCACUGAGAGAAAAUUGUGAAAAUGAAGAUCCAAUUUCCUGAAUUUAUAAGCAUUCCAGCAGGGCUUGUCACUCGAUGUGCUUUUCUUUCCAUAAACAUUUCCCGACACCUCUCUUCAAAAACUGCCUUGAAAUGUUCAGUUACUGUAUAAUUUGAUGUAUGGUUGAUCAUGCUCUUAAAAUUUACAAAAAGUACUUCACCUGAAGUGUCAUGCAGAGAAUGUAAAACCGAAUUUUGUUGAUGAAAUUUUGAAACAGAUUUUCACACAGUUUGUAGGGUGACAAAAAGCAUUAAAGCAAACACCAUUAAAACAAA